AUUGUGCUAUUUGCACGCGUCGUUCCCCGGAUCAACAGAGAGCCAGCGCGCGUUCCUCUUACAUCGUUGUCUUACAACUUCUGCUUUAGCCAACCACACCCUCCUGAGAGCAGCGCUUUCGACGACAGAGAUGGCCAUGGGGAAAAAGAGCUCGACGCCGACGCUGGUAGGACGAUGCCUCGCCCUGUCUACGCUGGCCGCGGUUGGCGCGAGCGCCCAGAACCUCCCUGUGCCUCCCCUCCCCUACUCGUACGGAUCCUUGGUGCCCUUCAUCAGCGAACACGCGUUGAGGGUCCACCACCUUGGACACCACGCCGCCUACACCUCGCAGCUGAACGCCGUGCUGGAGAGAAUGCGUUGGGAUCCGGAGCUGAAGCACCUGGCAAAGAUGGGAGUAGACGAGCUGUUGCACAACCUGGGGAGCGUGCCGGAGGACUACCGGGCGGCUGCUCGUCGGGCGGGGGGAGGGUUCGUGAACCACGACUUGUUCUGGAACGUGCUGUCACCGUGGGGGGGACACCCUCCAGGGCAAGAGUCGGAUACUAUCCAGGAAACGUGGUGGUUGAGUUCUUGCUUCUCCUCUUCCUCCUCCUCCUGGUCGUAUAGGAGAGUUAUGCAAGCCGGGUAUCUGGCGGCAUAA